GUAGCCACGGUAACCAUAUCACGCUAAACAGGCGGAGCGCGCCUACACGUAGACGUUGUUUUCUGUGUGAUUUAGGUUGCUUGAAAGAAGACUAGGAUGUCCCGGAAAGCGCUUAAGGUGUUGGCUGAAGUAACGCUCAGAGCGGUUUCUUGUCCUGGAGUUCAUCUGUCAGCCAAAGAUGAUGUUUAUCUCAGCGUGUUCUUCAUGGGCCAGUUCUACCAGUCUGAAGGCCUUCCUGCCGUCUUUCCUUUGUUGUUCCACGAAAAGAUGACGUUUGAAAAGAUUUUCUGGGAGGCAGUUGACCCUGGAGACGUUGCUGCACUGCUUGAGUAUGAAGCUGUCAGGAUAGAACUGGUGCAGCUGAUACCUCCAGACCAUAUUCAUUUUGUAGAUGGAGACACGCUGGCAUGCUUUGAAGAAGACGCCCGAAGCUUUUUGUUUCCAGAGCCCAAGCUUGUUGCCCCGUUCUCUGGAGUAGGCCGAGAGGUUCUAAUGACGAGAGCCGGUCACUUCCCUGGCAUUGCUCCUCGGUUGGAGUUUUCUACCAAGACAACCAUUACUGAGUGCCCACAUGAUACGGAGGUCUCCAUUUACCCCAAAACUCUACUUAGGCCAGUGAUAAAAAGAAACAAGGGACGCUCCAACAUACCACGAUCCACAUCUCCUCAGACCCCUGAGGGAAGGAAAAGUGUCUGGAUGGACAGAGAAAGACCCAGCACUGCCCCACCUGGGCCGUACAUUUCCAGAUCCCAGUCCCUGGUUCCACUGAGAGUUGGGAACACCCAGAAUCUGACCCAGCUCAGUAUUUACUCUGCACCUUCUUGCCCCUCUGACUGGGAGACCACCACCUCUCAACCUGUCAGAGAAAGAUCUGAGUGUGAUUCCAGCUGUUUAGAAGCACAUGAGCCCUCUGACUGGCAUGAUGGUCCCAGUCCCUCAACAUUACAGCUUUCCUACAGAGAACCACCCCAGCACAGCAGAAGGUGUCACAGAACAUGGGAAGAGCUCCAUGAGCGUGUUCGAGGUCUUCUAACAACACCAAAAGCUGUACGUCGACUUGUCUAUGGUACCACAGUUUCUGAGGUAGAUGAAGUGUUAGCAAGGAGGUCCAUUUCUCCAGGUCCACCCUGAUGGCUGGUCAGAGUAAGGAGAGCUCAGAUGGUGCCGCUCUGCUGCUGUGAGUUUCAGGAUCUACGGUCCAAGAUAAAUACCAGAGCAUCAAUGGUGUGGUUCUGGUUAGGCGAUGUUUGUAUGAUCAAACAAAUAUUGAUAUAAUAUAAAACUUAACUUGGUUUUUUUUCUCAACCCAGUGUGUUAGUUUGAAAGGUUGCUUUGAAUGCUAAAUUUGCUGUAAAAUGUCUUAAUAAACAUGGGGUUAGGUCUAGUUUUUAUCCCCUUAACAGUGUUUGCCCAGGUAAGAGAAUCUUCAAAAGCAGGAUGUCCCAAUAAGUUUUUUUUGUUUUGUUUUUUUGUCUCAUUUAAAGAUUCAAGUUAUUUAAGAAUAAGUAUUUGGGAAUACAGAGUUAUAGCCAAUGAAAUGAAUGUCAUACAAAUCCCUCAAAACUCAGAAGGUUUCAAGUGCAGCAAAAUAACACACCACGUUGUAUAUAUAAACCCUUAGACAGCCAUGAUGCUCCAGAUGCUGCGGCCUCUCCUACUGUCUUCUCCUGACAGGGACUUUUUUUCCAGCCAUAGUUUGUGCAGGACAGUCCUAACAUUUGGCCCCGACACUGUCACUAAGUUAAAAAAGCUGAUAUAAUGUUCACCAAAGCACACAUAGCUGUAUCACCUGUUUCUAAGGAUAGAUUUACCUAACACAUGCAGUUUUGUUUUUUAAAAAAUAAUCACAUUUUGCUUCUGCUUCCAACGUUUACAAGUGGAGCAAUUUACCAAAGUGCUCGGUGAACACUUGCAUGUUGCCGCUCUAUGUUGAUAUGACUCUCAGAUAAGGCAAUUGUAAUGUACAUGUAUUUUAAUGUGGUUCCUGUUGCAGAUAAAAAAAAACAGCAACAAAUUAACAAGAAAAACUCUUCCUUCUUCAUAAACUUAGCAUUUUGCUUUGAACAUUGUACAUUUUAGUGGUGUUUAUUUCACCCUUCACAAUAGCUAUGUUUUCCAUCGAACUGUCGUGAAUUUUAAGCAAGCUUAUGAAAAUGUUGAAAAACGAAAAUGUGAAUUAGAUGUGCUUCCAUGCACUGGUUUAAAGCAAAUU